AUGUUGAAAAUUGCUGAUGGUAACUACACUUCGGUCAUUUACACAUUGGUAAAUAUUUAAUAUAAUAAAACUUAUUUGUUAAAACAGAAAAUAGCUGGUUGCAUUUUUUCUUUACUAUAUAAAAAAUAAUAUACAGUUUGUGGCGUGUUGUGAUUUAGAUCAAAGAAAAACAGUAUAGUGAUGUUAUUCAAAUCAUUAACAACAUGUCGGACAGCAAGAAAAAUGUAAAUUUUUUAUAUAUAUAUCAUAUCAUAUGCAUAUUAACUGUAUAUAAAUUUUUUAUGGGUUCAGACAAGACCUGGUUUAUCGUUAUUGGCCUAUUGCUACUAUUAUACAGACGAUUUUCAAAAUGCCUCUAUUAUUUAUGAACAACUAGCUGCACUUUGGCCACAAGAGACUGAUUAUAAACUGCAGUACGCCCAAACUCUAUAUUCUGCCGGACGUUAUGAAGAUGCUCUGAGAGCGGCAAAUGCAAUCACCAAAGGCGGUUAUGAAAACAAGGUAUAAGUAUUAAGUAUUGUAUAAGCUUUGGUUUUCAUUAUAGUUUUAUUAUUAAAUGGGUUGGGAUUUUAUAUCAAUUGCUUUUUAAGACAAACCAAAAUUUGAAAUUUAUUUACAAUAAUUCUAAGAUUGCAAUAUUUUUUUUACUUUUAGUAUUUCUUGAACAAGUUUUAUAUUUUUACCUGUUAUCUUUUAUGCAAACUUGGGCAUAUUUUGUGAAUUCACAAAUCACUUUUAAUUUUGAAUGCAUUUUCCAAAAAACUACGAAGGCAAAUUACCCAGAGUGGCCCAACCCUAUGAGUUACGGGUAUUUUUACCUAAAGCUAAAUGCUAAACACUACAACCAGUAAAAUUUUUAUCAAAAUUAAAUUAUAAAUAGUACAUUUAGGAAAUGUUUGUUAAUUUUUGCAAAUAUUUUUUUAUUUGAAAAUUUUUUUCUACACUGACAUGAAAUUAUAAUGUUGCCUAAAAAGUGUGCUGUAAAAACUUGGAACUUUUUUGCUGUAUAAAACCUUUAUAAAGAUACUUUAUUGUACUUUAUAAAGUAAAAUAAAAUAAAUAAUAAAUACAAUAUAAUUAAAAAUAUGAAAUUGUAUACUUAAACGAAAUAUAAAAAACAAAUUUCUAUCAAUAAUUGUUUGUGGAAACAUUUGUAAUUAUUAAUUCUUUCUGUGUGUGAUAUCCAAAGAUUAAUUUUUCGUAAAAAAACCGUUAUGUAAGUUUAUCACAUGAUGUUAAUAUGUUUUCAUCUUUACCUUACAUUCUUGAAUUAAGGUUAUUUAAAUGUCUACAAAUAUGAGCUAAGGAAGAGAUUCUAAAUAAUAAGUGUGACGCAUAAUAUAAAUAUGAAUAAUGUGUCACUAUAGAAAAAAGUAUAAGUAUUUCUAAAAAAUUUCGUGCCAGGUAUAUAAAAAUCCAAUUCCGCAGAUUUGUCUAAUGUUUCUCUUGUAACCUUUAGGUUCGAAAAUUAAUUGCCGCAAUUAGAUACGGUAUGGAAGACAUUGCGGGUGCUAGGUCUUUACUGGAGACCAAUUCGGGACUCGCCGACGACCCAGACACGGAUAUAAACUACGGGUGCCUGCUGUACAAGGUAUCCUAUCUACCAUGUCGAUAUUAUUAAUAUAAUCAAUUUCUGAAAAUUAUUGUUUAAAACAAAUAUUAUCCAAUAGGUAUAUAUUAUUUUAUAGUUUGUAUUAUAUUUCAGGAAAACCGUUAUGAAGAAGCGUUACAGAAAUUUUUAAACGCCCAAACAAUGCUCGGCUACAGGCCACAUUUGUCGUACAGUAUUGCCUUGUGUUAUUACAAGCUGAAGGAUUUCACAUCGGCGCUAAAACACAUCGGUUGUUGAACGAUGAUUUAAUAAUUAGGGCAGAGCGAACCGAAGCCCAUUCUAUUCCCAAGCACAAACGUCGAUUUAUUAAAGAUUCAUAUUCUUAAAAUAAAUUUAGUCCAAAUUUCUGGAGCCCAAAUUUAGUGUCAGUAACAUCCUUUGUAUCUGGGUACACGUUAGGUACUAUUAGGUACAUUGAUUUACAGCACCUAAAGUAACAAGAUACUAUGUACUUACAUGUAUGUAACAAGUAUUGCAAUACUAUUGGUUAUUUAUCUGAAACAUUCUUUUGAAUUUCCAACAACCCCUAUCCUAUUUUCGUUCAAUCGUAUUCAAUUUUGAAUGUUUUUUUCGAAAAUAUAUGGAUUGAAAUGAUCUAGAUUACCCCUCCUUCAGACGCUUAUGGACAAGAUACUUCAAAAUUAGUAUCCAUAUAUUCGAUACUAGGUAGUACCUACAAAUAAAUAUACCUAUUUUGAUUUCGGUGUCAUAAUGCAAGAUACAAGAUUCUUAGAGAACUGUAUCACGACCCAAGAUACAAAACGCAAUAUUGUAAAAAUCUGUCCUGAUACCUUGACUUCUUCCUAUAGGUUAUUACGGCUUUCGAAAUCAGCCCUCAAAAUAAAUUUGCCGCUAUCUUUCCCUAUUCUCCGCAAAAUCUCUCCACUGUAUAAUCAGUUCCAUUUCUUUAACAUCUUUUGACACGAUUUUCCCAUUGUCCUGUAUAUAUUCAUAACGUUCUGAAAAAUACAUAUUAAUUUGGCUUUUUUGUUGCUGUUGAUUGAAUAUGAAUUAGUUCAUUCGUGCACAUUAGAAAACGUCAUAAAAUGUUCACGAGAAAACCAGUCAGACGAAGACAGUAUCAAUAAGGCGUUUUAAACGGCAUUGGCCGUGAUAAAUUUUUGUUUUUUUCUAUUUUUAAACUUUAAAAUUAUCGUUUAUAUGAAAAACGACUUCGCUUCGCCCUAUUUUUGUCUACUGACACGUCGAGCAAUAAAAAAAAAAAAUAUAUAUAUAAAUAUAUUUCCUUCGUUUGCGAAUAGGUGACAUUAUCGACAGGGGCAUAAGAGAACACCCCGAACUCGGGAUCGGCAUGACGACCGAAGGAAUUGAAGUCCGUAGCGUCGGUAACACUCUGACACUACACGAAUCGGCCCUAGUCGAAGCGUUCAACUUGAAAGCGGCAAUUCAAUUUGAAAAGAACGACAGUAAGUGGGUAUACUGCAAACUCAGCUGAGUUAAUUAGUACUUAAUUAGUUCGAUUCGAACAGUAAUUAAAAUAUAGAACGCUGUAGGUUACGAAGUUACGAUACAAACAAAACGAAUAAUCCGCCGCCCCUCUGUGGUUUUUCAGUCGAUAGUGCGAGGGAAGCGUUGACUGACAUGCCACCCAGAUGGGAAGAAGAAUUGGAUUCGGUCACGUUGCACAAUCAGGCAUUGUGUUCAAUGGAAAUGUCGCCUACCCAAGGAUUUCACAAGCUACAAUUUCUGAUGCAGCAGUCCACGUAUCCCCAAGAAACGCUCCGGAACCUAUUGAUUCUGUACUGCAAACACGGAUACCACGAUUUAGCUUCUGACGUCGUGUCGACGUAUUCGCCGGUCAAAGACAAAUAUCUAUCGAACGUACGAAAUAUUAUUAAAAUAUAAGGAGCACGAGCUUUGUCCAACUAAGUGUAUAAUAAUCGCGCAUCUACAGGAUACCUAUCCAAUAUUGUUUAUUUUCAGUAUAUUCGCGAAUUCGUGGACGCGGUCAUCGCACAACAAACGUCGCCCGACGAAGCGUACCGCAAAUUGGACAACAUGGCGAACAAGUUGGCCGAUUCGUUGCGUAAAUCCACCCGGUCCGUGCAAGAGUCCAGAGAAGCUAGAGACGACAAAAGAGCCAAAAUGGCUUUACUCGAUUACGAAAACACUCUUGAAAAGUAAAUUAACAGGCUGCCUAUAAUUAUACACGCGUUCAUAUUUUAUUGUUUCAACGAACGUGUUUAGAAUAUACAGUUUUUCGUCGCAGGUUCAUACCGGUUACAAUGGCGCAAGCGAAAAUCUACUGGGACCUGGAGAACUACGCUCAAGCGGAAACGAUAUUUUACAAGUCCGUUGAAUUUUGCAACGAAAACGAUACGUGGCGGUUGCAUGUGGCCCACGUGUUGUUCAUGCAAGAAAAAUUCAAAGAGGCGAUCGCAUUUUACGAACCGAUCGUGAAAAAAAAUUUCAACAACGUAAUACGCUACAGUUACUUACUACCCCUACCUAUAAUAAAGCAAAACCGACGGUUGAUAAAUCCGCGAUCGAUUCGUUUAUAAAUCUUGUUUACAGAUCUUGUCGGUGAGCGCCAUCGUAUUGGCCAAUCUGUGCGUGUCUCACAUAAUGACGGCGCAAAACGAAGAAGCCGAGGAGCUAAUGAGAAAAAUCGAAAAGGAAGAGGAGCGACUAUACUAUCAAGAGCCGGAAAAAAAAGUUUUCCACCUGUGCAUUGUCAACCUGGUCAUUGGGUAAAAUUAAUAGUUUAUAAUCAAUAUACGCAUUUACACCUAGUGUUUUGCGACGUAACUAUGGGAAUAUGAAUUUUUACAGCACUUUGUACUGCUCGAAAGGAAAUUAUGAAUUCGGGAUUUCAAGAGUAAUCAAAAGUUUAGAACCGUAUAACAAAAAGCUCGGAAUGGAUACAUGGUAAAUACGUAAACUAUACCUAAUACGUAAUUCGUUACUUGUUAUCAAUGUGGCCAUAUAGGUAGGUAACUAAUAUAGUUUUUUUUUAGUCUGUCAGUGUGUAUAUUUUAAUUUUAAAUAAUUAUUGGCGUCCUCGACAUUAUUGUGCGAAUCAAAAUACCUAUUCUCCAAAAGGAAAUGAUCUGGUAUUAUGUUGUUGGCCAAAAAUUAGAGUUGGUGAUUUUUAAAUAUAGUGUUGACACUUUGAUAGCGGUAGUUUACCACUUGUUCAGUGCCUUUAACUUUUCAAUAAAACUGCACCACCCCGUGUUAUCGUCCAAACAAAAUAAUAUUUAUAAUAAUAUCAAUGCUGUUUCAGAACCAAUAAAAACGAUAUGUUCGGGUUUCAGGUUUUACGCCAAACGGUGUAUGCUGUCGUUGAUUGAAAAUAUGACUAAACACGUUAUCGUCAUGCGAGAUUCGUUUUACAACGAAUGUCUGGUGUUUCUCAACCAAUGUGAAUGUAAGUCUAAAUACGGGUUUCCACUUGGAAAUAUUUACGAACUGGCGCGAAUAUGAAAUUAGUAUCAAAUCCAUAUCGUUUGGCUGAACUAUUAUAUCAGUGUGCGAAUUAAUUUGUUUUUAGUUCACGGUAAAGAAGUGGCAACGAUGCCUGACGAAGAAGAACCGACCGGUAAAAAAGAACUGAACAAUGUUACCUGCGAAGCAAGGCUUUUGAAGUCCCUCAUCCUCCGACAGUUGGAGUAUUAA